UAUCCCCCGCGCAAUGCUUUUGUUAUCCGUGGAUUUUCAUACCCUUAUUUUUUUCAUUUCGAAUUCGAAUCAUUUCUCCUGAUUUUUCAGAAUGAUUUCUAGCCAUGCGUUGGUUUCAGAAUAUUUCCUUUUCGUCUUCGUCUGCGUCUGCGUCUUCGUCCCCCUCCUCGUCGAGGAAACAUACUGAAGAUAAGAAUAACCAGGGCAAUCAACGUCCCAGAUCUCGUUACUACUUGGGAUUUCGCAUUGCCACUAAUAGGUUUAGAAGGCAAAGGGAGCCAAAGAGUCUAAGCGACCAGGAGGUUCAUCAUCAGAACGAGGAAGCGGUGGUUUCGCAGCACUCCGGUGGUGGUAGCGAUGCUCCGUUGUCUCCUCCGCGGGCUUCGAAGUCAUCGACGUCGUCUUCUUCGUCGGCCUUAGCUGUGCCGUUGCCGCUUCCGCUUCCGCUUCCAGAUGGAGACGGAGAGCAUAGGUUUCCGUCGCCGAGGGAGGCUGGGCAUUGUAAACAUUUAGAGGAUAGAGAUGUAGAAAAAACAGAUGAAACUAAUCCUUUGGUUUCAAGUGGGCUUGCAAGUGCUCCGACGAGUCAGAUUGUGAGUCCUGCUGCUACCCCUACCCCUCAAAGAAUGAGUGUUGCCGAUGUGUUUCCGCGUUACAUGGCUCCUACAGGUAAUCAAGUUUGGUCCGCCCCGGAGAUUACCGGAUUAGAUGUUGCAGGGCUUCCUCCACGAAAAUCCCAUGAAUACAAUGCAUUUACCUCCGAUAGUACUUCACUUCACAGUCCACCGAAUCGGAGUUCCCCUCGAAGGAGUAGUUAUAGAAGCCAAAGUGGACCUCCUUCGCCUAUACAUCCGAAUCGGUUGUCACUUGAGACUGCUGACAUCUCAUCGCUGCGACUUGAAAGUAAUGGCCCUAUCUCUGUUCCUUUACCUCUUCCUCCAGGAGCAGGAUUGGCUUCCACACCAGCCUCCAUGCCCCAUGUUGCUCAUAAACCAGAGUCUUUGCCGAUAAAUUCUCGAUGGCAAAAGGGCAAACUUAUUGGUCGUGGUACAUUUGGAAGUGUUUAUGUUGCCAGUAACAGAGAAACUGGAGCUUUAUGUGCAAUGAAGGAAGUUGACAUAUUUCCAGAUGACCCAAAAUCUGCAGAGUGUAUAAAGCAACUGGAGCAGGAGAUCAAGGUUCUUAGCCAGCUCAAGCAUCCAAAUAUAGUACAGUAUUAUGGUAGUGAAAUAGUGGAAGACAAGUUCUAUAUAUAUUUGGAGUAUGUUCAUCCUGGUUCAAUUAAUAAAUAUGUUCGAGACCAUUGUGGUGCCAUAACUGAAUCUGUUGUUCGCAACUUUACUCGCCAUAUUCUUUCUGGGUUGGCUUACCUGCACAGCACAAAGACAAUCCACAGGGAUAUAAAAGGAGCUAAUUUGCUAGUUGAUGCAUCUGGAGUUGUCAAGCUUGCUGACUUUGGGAUGUCCAAACAUCUUUCUGGACAAAUAGCUGAUCUAUCUUUGAAGGGAAGCCCUUACUGGAUGGCUCCAGAGCUCAUGCAAGCAGUGAUGCAGAAAGAUAACAGUUCCGAGCUUGCUCUAGCUGUUGAUAUUUGGAGUUUGGGCUGUACAAUUAUCGAGAUGUUCACUGGUAAAGCCCCAUGGAGUGAGUAUGAAGGGGCUGCCGCUAUGUUUAAAGUGAUGCGAGAUACUCCUCUCGCACCUGAAACAUUAUCAUCUGAGGGGAAGGAUUUCCUGUGUUGCUGUUUCAAAAGAAAUCCUGCAGAGAGACCAUCUGCAAGCGUGUUACUCGAGCACCGAUUUGUUAAAAGCCCACAACAGUCGGCUGGCUCAUCAAGCGCCUCAUCCUAUAAUGGGAUAAAAUUCAUAGAUGCUCCCCUUGGUCCAGGUGAGCGAUCUGAAUUUAAAUUGGCUCAAUUACCGGUGCAACCAAGCUUGCAAUGUUCAAAACCUGUGACGCCUGACGGUGAGACUGCACAACGAUAUCAUUACAAGCAUUGUGAUGUAACAGUGGCACCCCGUUGUUCUCCUCGUUCAACCCCUGAGGUUCCACCUAGUUUGAAUUCCCCAUCAUCCAGCACUUAUGGUACCGUUAAUAGAUCUAACAAUCAGGAGUGUAGGACGAACCAUAUGUUCGGAUAACAUCGAAGAAACGAAGAAAGGCUGUGUAUUAUUUUCAAGGCUUCUCUGAUCAGGCAGCUUCAAGCAUUGCAUUGGAGACCAAAAACGAAGAAUGUGGUCCGAUGUGUAACCGUGGAGAACCAAGCCUCCCUACCUGAUCGAUAUCUUCAAUGCCUUAUCAUCGAAGUUUCCGAUGCCGUUUCAUCAUGGAAGCAU